GUUAGGGCAGUGUGUACGGGGACAUGGAACGCAAUCUGACCCAAUUCGUUAAUCUUCUCGAAUUCGUCAGCAAGAAGGGAGAGGUGUGUCGUCUUCCUUGGGAAGCCGCACACGCGAACCGUGUGGGAACUACUGAAGGCAGGCCGGCACGUUGUCACGAUGGAAGGGAACUCCAACCUUUUGCAAUUCGCAAUGCAACUUGUCAAAAGCGAGGUCAAUGCGGGGGCCCACAAUUGCGAGUUCAUGGUCGUGAAGGAGACACGGGGUCGUAUGUGGAACAACAAGACACACGUGUGGUUCAAGUUGAGUGAGAGGAAGCGGAACAAGAUAUACGACUUCUUGCUCCUGCAAACGCGGCAGAGGAAGGACACUAACGCCGAGUAUGUGCGCCGCAGGGACCACAUGUUCUUGCUGCUAGACAACUACCACGGCGCCUCCUUCAUGAAGUUCAACGGGAAGACAUUUCUCGAAAGGUUGCAGUCCCUGUACUUCGUGGAGUCAGAGGAGGAGUUGAAGUUCAGCAGUUACUUUUCCUUGAUCUCCACGGAAGACGAGGAAACCACAGGCGUCGAAUUCGACGCGAACGCGAAGGAGGAGCACAAUCGGUUAUCGGGAGUCCGGCCUGGUGGGGAGGGAGAAUCUCACUGUGACACCGCGCCAACGAAAGGCAGCAGUGGGGUGGCGAAGGAGGCCUUCGGUAGUCCGCAAUCUACUCGUCCCGGUCCAGAGGACUUGACACAGUCCGCCAACGUGCCUACUUCGUCCUUCGGCUCGGUGAGAGAGAUGAUGGCAGCCUUGGUUGCUCUCCGUGGUGGCUCGGGCGGAACGUUCAAGUCCGCCGGGAUCCGAACUACAAUGGUUGAGAUGCCGACACAGCGGUCGACCGCGCAGAGCUGGUCGGGAGUGGGGGUGCCGAGUCAUGAUCCCACAAUUGACAGUGGUGCGGGGAGGGACAGGGGGGGCCGACUACGGAUUAUGGUGCCGGCGGGAGGGGCAGCGUGCAUGGAGCCACAAGCCCGGUCAUCGGAAUUCGACAAGGGUUCGGGAGAAGUGGAUGGAUUGCAUGCAAGGGAAGGAGGGGGGGUAAUGGAAGAAGGGAAGGAAGGGGAGGAAAGGGAGGAAGGAGAGGAAGGGGAGGAAGGGGAGGAAAGAGAGGAGGAAGAAGAGGAGGAAGAAAGAGAUGAAGGGGAUGAAGGGGAGGAAGAAGAGGAGGAAGGGAAGGAAGGAGAGGAAGGGGGAAAAACGGAGUUGAGUGAGUUGUUUGAAGGAAAGGAGGGGGCAAAAGGGGACGUCGAUAUUGGAGACGACGAACGGACAGCAGAAUAUCGCGAGGGUGAUGACGACAACGAUGCGACGACAAUGGAGAUGGAGACACGGGUGGUCAGCAACCUUUCGGCAGAACGUGAUGACUAUGAGGUCCAAGCACUGAUGUCUAUCGUCGAUCUUCAACACCGGCUUAACGAGGCUCCUGUUGCUGUGAGCCUAUCUAAACUGAGUGGUCGUAUAGACGUCGAAGAAGUUAUCGAUGGCAUCAGAGGCGACCACCAAGUGUCCGCGCAGACGUUCACAACGCCUGAUGUCGACGACCCUCGAAACGUCAAACCUUCCACGGCAUCUGCCAUCACUUUUUCGCCGCCGAACUCUCCGAUACUGUCGGCGACCAUCCCCAGUGAAGGGAAGGGCGGGUUUGGGGGACGACAACAUGUCACGUCCUCGAAAAAAACUGGGGUCAGCACUCAAGCUCUCGACGUGCUAGUCUUGCCCGCACCAAGUUCACCGACGAAGGAGUGGAGGGACAAACCGGCUGGUAGGCUGUGAGAAACGCCACUCUGUCUGCGCGCCCAGGCUUCCAAGA